UCCACACCACAAAGCAGAAGUUCCUCGGAGGUUGGGCUGAUGGACUGAGCUGCAGAGGGGAAGCUUCCUCUUCUCCUUUUAGGAUGCUGCGCGGUACGCUGUGAGCGCCUCUCCUUCUCCGUCGGUCCGAGCUGCAGCUGCAGGGAGGGGGGCAGCACACAUGGCGGAGAACGAGGUCAACUACGCCUCGGUGGUCUUCAAGUCCGACAAACAGCGCAACCCAGCAAACGCAGCCAAGGAGGAGGACAUCGUGUACGACGAGGUGAAGGUGAAGGCCGAAGCGAACCAACAACCUGCUGACUCACCUGGCCGAGCACAGAGCAGCCCGAGGCGCUGUGUGUGGCUCGCCGGCUGCUUGGCGAUCGUCUGCGUCGUCCUGCUGUCGGGCCUCGUGGGCGUGGCCAUCUACAUUGCUACAAUAAAUGAUGACAAAACGGAGACGAACCAGUUAAAAGAAAACCAAACGACUCUGCUGGCGACCAAUAAAAACCUGACAGAACUCAGUGAGCAGCUGAAGUUAGAGAAGGACGUCUUGACAAAGGAACAAAAGAGUCUGAAGCUGCAGCUGGAAAACAUGACGCAAAACUAUAAUGUCUCAGAAGGUAAGAACACGGAGCUGAAGACACAGAUCGAGCAGCUGACUGAAGAGAACCAGAAGCAGAUGAAAGAGAUCCAGGAGCAGAAGGAGAACUUCACUAAUCAAAUCAAAGACCUGGAGGACAACUGGAAUGAGUUCAAUGUCAGCAGAGCUCAGUGGACCAUCGACACGUACUGCCCCAAAGAUCAAGCUCCAAGUAAAGGGAGAACGUGUUCAGAUUGUCAGGCAGGCUGGGAGAAGAACCAGAUGAGCUGCUAUGUGUUUAUUAACAGUGAAGAUCCUCCUGAACCUAAAACCUGGGAAGAAGCUCGAGAGAACUGCAGAGGAAGAGGUGCAGAUCUGGUUGUUGUUCAUAAUGAGGAUGAAAAGAAAAUACUCAAUGAUUACAGCGCUAGAUACCCUGUACCUAACGGGUACUGGAUCGGCCUGAAGGUUGAAGGAGGGACGUGGAAGUGGAUCAAUGGAACUGAUCUCACUGACACCUCCUGGAUAGAACCUCCUACUGAAGGUCACUGUGCCGUUUCUCUCAUGAACAGAAGAUGGGCAUCAGUAAGGUGUGAUGAGAAGAGAACAAGGGUCUGCACACAUAAAGCUUUGUCUCUUUAAACGUGUCAUAUUUCGUCCUUCAGAAGGUUCCUGGAGGCUCCUACAUGUAACAUCAAGUGGCUCAUCAAUAUAAAACAUGUAGGAUUCUACUUUACAAUUAUGAUUUCAUUCAAGGUUUUAAUUCCUACAGAAAAUAGCUUUUAUUGUCUAAAGUGUUCUUCAAAGCAGAAUCUCACCUUUCAGGUGUAUUAUUGGAUGGAAUAGAUCCUCUGAGUGUGAAUACAGACAUCACCACUAAACUGUGGAUUAUUCAUAAGUUGCUGUGUGUUUUCCUUGUGAUGUGUUAGAGAUGAAAAGCUUAUGAUUCACACAUCAGCAGAUUGAUGAUCAGUUUCCUGUCUUCUGCCUGAUGGAUUUCAUGUUGUUGCUACCAUUGAGCAGCAGGGGGCGCUGCCUCGCUGCUUCUCUGCAGGAUGCUGCUCAGUUUGCAUUAAUACUCAUCAUCAUGUUGAACUUGCACAGCUGAUGUGUCUCAGUUCAUCUCAUGUUUGAGUCUGUUGUUGCUUGUGAAUAAAUCUGCAG